AUGCCUCCAAGAUGGAAAAAUGAGAAAACACCAGAGCAGCAAACACAAGAUCACAGAUCACUGUUAACACCAAUAACAAAUCAGAAGGCAGCUCCUGGGGCGUUUGAGCCGGACAAAACCAUCACAGAAGAACAGUCUGAUGAGUCCAACAUAUACAAAGACUCGGUUGAAGGCAUCAUCAGUGAGAUGUCAGGCAAUGCGGGGGGCCCAAGUGGCCGGAACAACAAUAGCUCAGCGAGUGAGGAGACUCACAUGAGACUAGAAAUUGCAAGACUUCAGCAUGAGGUUGAGCGGAUGAAGAUCAGUAGGGGUGACUCUGCAGAUGAUGAGAUGGGAGCAGACCUGACAGAAUACCUUUAA